AUGAGCUAUUUUAAUGUAAAGUAUCUUGUUAUAUUUGGCACAGCGUAUACGCCGUAUACACCGUAUACAGAAGUAGCGUAUCGUAUAUGGGUCCUGCUGACCCAGUUUACGCCCGUAAUUAUACGCGCGUAUGCGUAUACGUGGGAAAUUUUACGCGCCUUUCUACAGUGCCCAAGGAUCAUUGUUUGCCCCAACAGCACGCCCCACCUCACCUUAAGUGUCGCUUCUGAGGCAACCCGUCCACCAAAUCUAUACGUUGAGAUCAGGUUCCUCAACGGUAAGAGACGGACCAAGACUUGUAAGGGGAACCUCUCACCGAAAUGGAACGAAUGCUUUUUGUUCAAACGACCAACUGUGAACCAGGGAGCAACAUUCGCAAUUCGGAUCAAGCACGAUUCGUCACGGUGGAAAGACAAAUAUGUAGGCGAAAUUGAAGUAGAGCUGGAUGACUUAUUUAAGAAGUGUGUCACUAUCAAGGAAACGGAGCUCCGCCUUAAUGCACCUCAUGGUUCACCAUUUACAGAAGCAGCCAUCCUUUGUGUUCGCUUAGAGUUCCUCGAUGCGAUGGCAAGUGCUAGACAUAGACUCGAUGCAGCAGAGCAAGCAAUCCAAGGUGGUAGCUUCGCAACCUCGGGACAUGCUACCGAUUCGGUUACAGUUGCAGCGGCUGAUGCUACCACUGCCCACUUCGCAAAGCAUGCCGAUCUAUACAAGUCAGUGGGAAGCCUCGUCUCGACGCUGGACACGUUCGUUCAAGUCGUAGACAAAUUAUCACAAAUGUUAGAUUCACCCGUAUGCCAAAUUGCAUGGCAAUUGGCUUCUGCUCUAUACAAAGGACUCAGGCAUCAGUUUGAGGUUGACAAAAAGGUUGUCGAACUUGUGCACGCCAUGAUAGACGCAUUCGACUUUGUCGAAAAAAAUAACAUUCUUCACGACAAGACAGACAGGCUCCAGACGACAGUUAUUCAGCUCUUGAAGCAGACUGAAGAGUGUUGCCUCUUCAUUCAAGAGUACACAAGUCGCAAUAUAUUAAGACGAGUGUUCAUGCAAAAAGCAGAAGGGACGAUCGAUAAAUUUCUCAAGGCAUUUCAAGCACUCAAGUCCUCGAUAGACUCUGGAAUCCUUGUCCAAGUUGGUUUCGUUUCUUCGAGGAUCUCUUUCAGCGUCGAUGCCUUGACCUCAAAGGUCAAUGAAUUGUCUUCUAAGUUCGAUAUCUCAUUCCUGGACCGACUUCAACCGGAGAGGAUGAGCGCAUUUGAUCGACCACAGUGCCUUCCCGGAACGCGCAGAAACAUUAUGGAUGAGAUUGUUGAAUGGGCGUCAUCGGGUUCAAAUCAGAACGUGUUCUGGUUGCACGGCGUUGCGGGAUCUGGCAAGAGCACAAUUAGCACGACGAUUGCGGAACACUUUAGUGCUAUAUCUCGCCUUGGUGCUCAUCUUUUCUUCCAACGAGGAAAGAGUGAGCCCAGUGCGGUCAUUCGCACACUCGCUUACAAGCUCGCCUUAUUCGAUUCUUCGAUUGCCGAACACGUCAUUGAGGCCAUUGUGCAGGAUAGUGAUAUUGCACUAGCUUCUGGGACGACUCAGUUCGAGAAACUCAUUAAAAUCCCUCUUGAUCGGGUCGGAGAAGCUCUGCAGGGACCAGUCACCGUCAUUGUCCUCGACGCAUUGGAUGAGUGUGGAACAGACAGCGGCCGAAGGCGCUUGCUCGAACUGUUCCGAGAAGGACUUCCUACUCUUCCCAAGAACUUCCGAUUCCUUAUUACAAGUAGAAAGGAGCUGGACAUCGACCGAGUACUAUCUUCCCAGUCCGAGUUCGUUUGUGCUGUCGAGUUGGAGCAUGAUUCGGAAACGUGCAAGAUUGACGUGCUUCGGUAUAUCGAUCACGAGAUGUGUCAUGUGUUUGCGAAAAACAAAUUGAAGAUGGUGGAUGACUGGCAGUUGAAGAUGGAACGUCUUGGAAAUGCAGCAGGUGGACUUUUCAUCUGGGCAUCGACAGCGGUCAAGCUAAUAGACCGCGACUAUCCUGCUCGGAGGCUAAACGACCUUGCAGCCCAAUCACAGUCACUCUCCGCCCUCGAUAAUUUGUACCGUACUGUCCUGAAAAGUUCGGGUAUCUCAUUCGAUGACGAAACAUCUAGGACUCACUUUUCGCAAGUUAUCGGCCUCCUCCUUCUUUGUAAAGUUCCUUUAUCCGAUGACACAAUGGACGGGAUUCUGGGAUAUUCCGACGAAGAGUCUUCACGUCUUGUCCUUUCACGUCUACAGUCAGUGCUCGUGUAUACUCCAGGAACACCUAUCCGCUUCUGCCAUACAUCCUUCCGCGACUACUUGUUGGCUCCAGGACGUGAAAGCGAUGAUUGGUGUAUUAAUCUCGAAGCCCAGAAGGGCUCUAUCGCCAUGCGAUGCUUCGAUACCAUGAGGGGCAUGCUCCGGUUCAACAUCUGUGAUAUACAGUCAUCAUAUAUCCCUAACAAUCAGAUCCCUGGCCUUCCAGAUCGCAUCGAAGAAAAUAUUCCUCCACACUUGCAAUAUCUGUCAGAGUUCCUCGGUGAACGAUUCCUGUAUUGGCUUGAGGUGACGAGCCUCUUGGAGAGAGUCGAUAUUGUUAACCCGGCGCUCUUUCAUGUCAUGAAUUGGGUCUCGUCACACAAUUCCGACGUACUAGCCUUCCUCAGAGAUGCACGUAAACUAAUUACUGUUUACUUGCCUGCUAUUUCACAAUUGACGCCACAUAUAUACGUUUCUUUCCUUCUAUUUGCAUCGAUGGACUCGAAAUUUUUGAUGCAUCAUUUGAAACAUGAUCUACCAACUGUACAAGUAGAGGACAUAGGUGUGAAGCACCGGUCACCACUUUUGAUGGAGCUUACAGGACACUAUGGCCCCGUCUUGUCCGUUGUUUUCUCGCCCGACGGCACUCGUAUUGCUUCUGGCUCCGGCGAUGGGACGAUCCACAUUUGGGACGCUGAAGGCGGGCAAGCCAUUUCUGGUCCAUUUGAAGGACAUAAAGGGCAAAUAUUUUCUGUCAGUUUCUCGCCUGACGGUGCGCGCGUUGUCUCCGGAUCUAACGAUAAGACAAUCAGAAUCUGGGACGUUGAGAACGGGCAGAUGAUUUCUGAACCUUUCGAAGGGCAUACCGGUACUGUUUGUUCCGUUGCUUUCUCCCCGGACGGGACGCAUGUCGUCUCUGGAUCUAACGACAAAACUGUCAUGAUCUGGCACGUUGAAAGCGGACAAGCCGUCAAGCGUCUCGAAGGGCAUGUAGGCGCCGUGAGAUGUGUUUCUUUCUCUUCUGACGGAAAGUGCAUCGUUUCUGGUUCCGAUGAUAAGACCAUUCGAAUUUGGGACUUCGUGAGUGGGCAGUCCAUUUGUGCUCCUCUCGAAGGCCACACAGACAUUGUCUUUUCAGUUGCUUACUCUUGGGACAAUAUACGUGUCGCCUCGGGCUCCCGAGAUGCCACAAUUCGAAUAUGGGACGCCGAGGGUGGGGAGUGUAUUUCAGACCCUUUCAUAGGCCAUACUGCUGCAGUAAAAUCCGUCGCUUUCUCACCGGACGGGAAACGCGUCAUCUCUGGUUCUGCUGACAAGACAGUUCGAGUCUGGGAUGUUGGAACUGGGCAGGUCGUUUCUGGGCCGUUCGAAGGGGACACUGAUUGGGUACGGUCUGUUGCAUUCUUCCCGGAUGGAACCCGCGUCAUCUCAGGCUCUGACGACUGCACGAUCCGCAUCUGGGAUGCGGAAAGCGAGGAGGCCAGUUCCGGGUAUCUUGAAAGGCAUGCAGAGGAUAUAACUUCUGACGUUGAAAGCGGGGCUGUCAUUUCCGGACCCUUGAAAGGACACAAAAGUGCAGUUCUGUCAGUGGCUUUCUCCCCAGAUGGCACACGUGUAGUCUCUGGUUCUGGUGACAAAACCAUCUUGAUCUGGAACGUCGAGAGUGAACAGGUCGUGGCUGGACCUUUCGAAGGACACGCAUCGUCGGUUCUUUCCGUUGCUUUCUCCCCUGACGGUGCACUUGUCGUCUCGGGUUCCGGUGAUACGACAGUCCGAGUCUGGGAUGCUGAUAGUGGACAGGCCAUUUUCGCGCCUUUUAAAGGGCAUGCAGAUAGUGUCUCCUUUGUUGCAUUCUCACCUGAUGGAAGACGCGUCGUCUCUGGCUCUCGGGAUUUCAUAGUUAGAGUGUGGAAUGUAAAAGAUCCCGUCUUUGAUUGGACACUGGAUGAAGAUGGAUGGAUACGUGGACAUAAAGGAGAGUUGCUGUUGUGGAUUCCGCCUGAUCUGCGGACAACGCUUUGGCGACCUCAGAAUACCGCAGUUCGUGGUUGUGCGUUCUCAACUAGAUUGGACUUUACGAAUGCCGCACUUGGAGAACGAUGGCAGGAAUGCUUUGUGAUGCCCAAGUAUUGA